AUGGGAAAAGUAUCACCGAUAUCUGUGCUGACGUCAUUCGUGUAUGUGUUGGUGUCCUUACCGUACGCGUUGACCCAGAGUCUGGUUGUGGAGACUGACAAAGGGCUAGUGAAGGGAAAGCGCAUUCAGGUGCAUCAUGGGAAACAGGUGGAUGUAUUUUACGGAAUACCGUACGCCAAGCCCCCAUUAGGGAGGUAUCGUUUCCGGCACCCGCAACCAAAUGACCCAUGGGAUGGUGUGCUCAACGCCACAACGCGACCAAACGCGUGUAUGCAAGGCUUCGAUGUUGUUUUUCCGGGUUUCAAUGGAUCAAAUCAAUGGAACCCCAACACACCCACAAGUGAGGACUGUUUAUACCUAAAUGUAUGGCGGCCAGUCAGUAAAUCAAACGACCCAAAACCAAGAGCGGUGAUGGUGUGGAUCUAUGGGGGCUCGUUCCUCAGUGGCUCCUCUUCUCUUGACAUUUACGACGCGAAAUUCCUAGCAGCGGAAGAAAACGUAGUCGUUGUAUCUAUGCAAUACAGAGUUGGCUCCCUUGGAUUCUUGUCCUUUGAUCAUCUAGACGCUCCUGGUAAUGCUGGCGUUAUGGACCAGUCUAUGGCGUUAGAUUGGGUUCAAAGAAACGUACAUCAUUUCGGCGGAAGUACGUACAAUAUCACUCUGUUUGGAGAAAGCUCGGGCGCUGCUAGCGUCGGCAUGCAUCUUCUUUCACCAAUCAGUCGGGGCAAGUUCGACAGGGCUAUCUUGCAAAGCGGCGGACCAACAGCGCCUUGGGCUACCCUUACUCAAAGCGAGUCGACCAGAAGGAGUCACGUAUUCGCGGGAGCCAUGAAUUGUACACGCAACAGCAUUCCGGAAAUACUGUUGUGUUUGCGGGAUCGGCCGGCGGCUGACUUCCCUACGAAAGAGUAUGAUACAGACAUCGUGAGGGGAAUUUCUCAGUUCCCCUUUGUACCAGUAAUAGACGGAAUCUUCUUAACGGAAUCCCCAGAACAAUCAUUCAGACGACAAAAUUUUAAGAAAGUACCAAUAUUAGUUGGAUCAAAUUCUAACGAAGGAACAUGGCUCCUUCCGUAUUACAAUAUAAACCUGUUUAGUCUAAAACAGGAAAGCAAUCUUAAACGUCGUCAGUUCGUCAUGGCGAUCGACGAUAUGUUUGAUUAUUACCCUCAAUUUCCAAAGAAAAUCAAUUCGUAUGGAAAAGACGCCAUUUUAUUUCAAUAUACACCUUGGAAGGAUCCCAAUAGCAAAUCAAUGAAUCGAGAUCGGAUUGAACAGGCGAUCGGGGACGUGAACUUCGUGUGCCCCGUCGUCGAGUUAGCUCAGACUUAUGCCAUGGCAAAUAUGAGUGUGUACUAUUACGAAUUCGCCCACCGAUCCUCAAAACAGUUCUGGCCUAAUUGGAUGGGUGUCAUGCACGGGGAUGAGAUAUUUUUCGCGUUUGGUGAUCCACUUAUCAAUUAUAAAAACUACAGUAAUCUAGAAAAACGAUUGGCAAGAAAGAUGAUGAAAUACUGGGCCAACUUCGCUAAGUCUGGGGAUCCCAAUAUAGAACCAAAUCAUCCGCCUUUAAAGGAGUGGCCGAUUCACACACAUACAGAACGGAAAUACCUCCGCCUGGAUACUCACUUAGUGAAUAACCUGGACAAGUCCCAAUCCGUCCGAUCUGGGCCUAGGAUAAAGCAGUGCGCUUUUUGGCGGGAAUAUCUACCAAAGCUGGUAACGGCGACAGCUGACAUGUCGGAGUUGGAAAAACAAUGGAAGGUUCAAUUUUCUGAAUGGAGCAAUAAAUAUAUUGUGGACUGGAAAAACCAGUUUGACAGUUUUAAAAGAGACUACGAACAACGAAACCAAGAAUGUGAUCGGAAUUAA